CGUGUGGGCGGGCUUAACAGCGGUUUGCUCUCAUUGGCUGGUGAGAUUUAGAUUGACGGCUCCUUGAACCGGAAGGAGAGACUUCAGCGGCGCGAAUUUUGGGUUCUGUGUAACAGUGUAACAUCAACAAUAUUUAUAAAACCGAGAUGAGUAAUCAGGAGCGGCACGGAGCGUCAUCAACAUCCUCAACCGCAGGGCAUUCGAGGCAGCCUGAGGGCCAAAGAGAAAUGUCACUUCUCCAGGAACAAGUGCAAGAGGAUAUCUUACAGCGUAUGCUAACCAAGUUUAACUUGAUUUGUCGGAAUGAAGCUAUAGAUUUGGAUUACCUCCUGGAUGUUGCUCAGCAAGAACUUGCUUUGGCUAUUAAUGCAUCAAAUCAUGUUAACAUCCCAGAUAAUUUAAUUAUGGGUCUACAGGAGUUAAUCAACGUAGUUAAUAUAUCUCUGAAUUUGGAAGAGACUUCAGGAAACGCAUCAGAAAUUGUAACUUACACCUGGGGAAACCUGGGACGCCCACGUUUGGAAAUCAGCAGGGAUGACCUUAAAGAACUUCUCACUACUGCUCUUCCUGUAAAAACUCUUGCACAGCUCUGUGGUGUUUCCAGAAGAACAAUGAACAGAAGACUGAAGGAGCAGUCCCUCUCUGUCAGAGGCUGCUAUUCCAGCAUAUCAGAUAAUGAACUUGAUCGUGUGGUGAGAUCAAUAAAAAUAAGAAUGCCCCAUGCCGGUUACAGGCUAGUGAAAGGGGAACUUUUGGCUAGAGGACACCGCAUACAAUGGCACAGGGUGAAGGCCAGUAUGCAACGGGUGGAUGGAGCUGGAAUUUUGGCCAGAAUGUUCCAGCUUGGUUUUGUAGCUCGUAGAAGUUAUUCCGUUCCUGCUCCAUUGUCCUUAGUUCAUGUGGAUACCAACCAUAAACUAAUCACGUGAGUAUUUGCACUCUAAAUUUCACUUGCAUG